AUGUUUACUGCUAUGAGAGGACUGCGUGUCCUCGAAUUGAGUGGGACAGGCAUCUCAAAAUUGCCUCAAAGCCUUAGGAAGAUGAAACUUCUGAAAGUCUUGAAUUUAAAUGAUACAGAAAUUGAGAGGGUACCAGAGUGCGUGAGGCACCUGAAAAGUCUCCUGUUUCUAGCUCUCCCUGAGGGAUGUAAGAAAUUACCAGUAUGGAUAAGUGAAGUUAAAUGUCUUCAGCAUUUAGAGUGCAAGGGUGUUAGACGCAUGCCAAAAGGAAUAUCAAAACUACCUGCUUUGAGAACACUGCGAUCAGAUUUGUUGGACCUUUCCAGUGAAGGCGACCGAUUCAUGAGACAAGAGGAUUUUGUCAAUUUCACUCAGCUUCAGGAAUUAUGGUUAAAUAUUAACAAGGAAAUGGUUUCAAGGAUAGAAGAAGGGAUACUUGCACUACUGGUAAAGAUGCGCCGUCUGACAAUUCGUAACAGCACUGUAAAAGAAUUGGAGCUUCCGAAGAAAAUGACAGCAAUGAAAGAUCUGGAAAGUCUUAUACUAUGGGGUUUUGCAGUAGGAAGUUGGAUAUGUGAUAUGGCAAAUUUGAGGGAACUCGAGUUAAAGUGGUGUGAUUGUAGUGAUUAUUCAAAGUUUCCAACAAUGCCCAACCUAGUGAGAUUUGAGUUGUCGGGAAAUGAUAGCUGCAAAGAACUGCCAAAGGCUUUUGGGCAGCGGGGAGCGUUUAUUCAUCUGCGCUUCUUCAAAAUUGAUUGGUUCAAUGAAUUAAUGGAGUUUCCUGAAUUGGAGGAGGGGGCAAUAACAUGCCUUGAGGAGUUUCAUCUAUGUAAUUGUAGGAAGGUGAAAAAAGUGGGAGAGGGAUUGGAGCGGUUGAAAAAAUUGAAGCUUUUCUCUUAUAGAAUGUCCUAUAAAUUAGAGGAAAUGUUUAAAGCAGGGGGGGAAUAUUCUAAUAAAAUUAAGGUCAAUAAUCCUCAUGUAAAAAUUAUGUCAUAA